AAACUGUUAGGACUUUGGUAAAGGUAAACUAAAAUGGUAAAUAAAGGUAGACUAAAAUGCCUUUUGCAAGGAUACACACAGGGGAGAAACCUUAUGAAUGUGACAUCUGUGGAAAAACUUUUAGUAAUAGCUCUGGUCUGAGGGUCCACAAAAGGAUUCAUACAGGUGAGAAGCCCUAUGAAUGUGAUGAGUGUGGGAAGGCCUUCAUUACUUGCAGGACACUUCUAAACCAUAAAAGCAUCCACUUUGGAGAUAAACCAUAUAAAUGUGAUGAGUGUGAGAAAUCCUUCAAUUAUAGUUCUCUUCUCAUUUAGCAUAAAGUCAUCCACACUGGAGAGAAACCUUAUGAAUGUGAUGAAUGCAGUAAGGCCUUCAGGAACAGUUUGGGCCUCAUAGUGCAUAAAAGGAUUGACACGGGAGAGAAACCUUAUAAGUGUGAUGUCUGUGGCAAAGCAUUCAGCUCUAGCUCAGGCCUUACAGUUCAUAAGAGCAUUCACCCAGGGAAGAAAACCCAUGAAUGUAAAGAGUGUGGCAAAUCCUUUAGUUAUAACUCCCUCCUUCUUCAACAUAAAACUAUUCAUACUGGAGAAAGACCUUAUGUAUGUGAUGUAUGUGGGAAAACUUUCAGAAACAAUUCAGGCCUCAAAGUCCACUGGGGAUUUCAUACUGGGGAAAAGCCAUAGAAGUGUGACGUGUGUGGGAAAGACUAUAUCUCACGCUCAAGUCUUAAAAAUCACAAAGGUAUCCAUCUAGGGGGAAAGCCCUAUAAAUGUAGCUAUUGUGAGAAAUCCUUCAACUACAGCUCUGCCCUUGAACAGCAUAAAAGGGUUCAUACUAGGGAGAAACCUUUUGGGUGUGAUGAGUGUGGAAAAGUCUUCAGAAACAAUUCAGGCCUUAAAGUACAUAAACAAAUCCACACUGGGGAGAGACCUUACAAAUGUGAAGAAUGUAGGAAAGCAUACAUCUCACUGUCAAGCCUUAUAAAUCAUAAAAGUGUACACCCUGGGGAGAAGCCCUUUAAGUGUGAUGAGUGUGAGAAAGCCUUCAUCACAUACCAAGCCCUUAUAAAUCACAAAAAAACUCACCUUGGAGAGAAGCCCUACAAAUGUGAUGUGUGUGAGAAAUCUUUUAAUUAUACCUCACUUCUUUCUCAACACAAAAGGGUACACACUAGAGAGAAACCCUAUGAAUGUGAUAGAUGUGAAAAGGUCUUCAGAAACAAGUCAAGCCUUAAAGUUCAUAAAAGAAUACAUACCAGGGAGAAGCCCUAUGAAUGUGAUGUGUGUGGAAAAGCCUACAUCUCACACUCAAGCCUUAUUAAUCAUAAAAGUACCCACCCUGGCAAGACACCCUAUACAUGUGAUGAAUGUGGUAAGGCUUUUUUCUCAAGCAGAACUCUUAUAAGCCAUAAAAGAGUCCAUCUUGGGAAGAAAUCCUUCAAGUGUGUUGAGUGUGGAUAAUCUUUCAGUUACAGCUCUCUUCUUUCUCAGUACAAGAGGAUCCAUACAGGGGAGAAACCCUAUGUAUGUGAUAGAUGUGGGAAGGCAUUUAGGGACAGCUCAGGCCUCACAGUGCGUAAAUGGAUCCACACAGGUAAAAAACCCUAUAGAUGUGAUGAGUGUGGGAAGGCAUACAUCUCACACUCAAGUCUUAUCAACUAUAGUGUGCACAGUGGGAAGCAGCCCUAUAAUUGUGAGUGUGGAAAGUCCUUCAAUUAUAGGUCGGUCUUUGACCAGCACAAGAGGAUCCACACUGGGAAGAAACCAUACCGAUGUAAUGAGUGUGGGAAAGCAUUUAAUGUCAGGUCAAAUCUCACCAAGCAUAGUAGAAUCCAUACUGGAGAAGAAUCUUUAAAUGUGAUAAAUGUGGAGAGUCAGGGUAGCACAUCCCAGAUGAGGAUCUAUGAGGGAGGGAUUGCUUUGGAUGGGACAAGGAUGAAGAUGCCGCUAUGGGAGGCAGAGCUUACCAAGUCUCAAAGAACUCAUACGGAAGAGAAACUGCAUGAAUGCAAGAAUUUCUGA